AGCUAAUUAGUAGCAAUUGAGAAGAGAGGCGUUUGGUCCAGAAGACUCGCGUGUUGGUACGGUGGUGGACUGAGUUUUUCGUUAGCCUCUCAAAUCGGGGAAUCACCAUUGAAACUCCUCACACUACACGUGUAAACCCUCUCUUCUUCUUCUUCCCAAUUAAAACCUAUUUUUCUUAUUACCUCAGUGGAGACACAGAACCAAAUCACACAAUCAGACAAAAUAAAAGGUUCCUUCUUUAUAACUUCCGACGGUGUCCAUUAUCCGAAUCUGACGCUUCUUGGUGAAUUCUUGAUGGGUUUUGGCGUUUUUUGUUGAGAAACCAUUCUGGGUUGCGAAUCAGGGAUUUAAGAGAGAGAGGAAAGUGGUUUUCUGGUGACCGGAGAAAUGAAUGGAGAAGGGAUCUCUGAUGGUUUAUCGGCUGAGCCUGAGAGGAAAGUGGAAAUCAGAGUGAGGAAGAAUGGGAGAAAGGAUAAGGUUAUAGUUGAGAAAUCUGCAGCUCAAGGCUUACCUGAAGGAUGGAUCAAGAAGCUUGAAAUAACAAGCAGAUCAGGCCGUAAAAACAGAAGAGAUCCAUUUUUCAUUGACCCUAAAAGUGAGUAUAUCUUUCAAUCCUUCAAAGACGCAUCACGGUAUGUUGAGACUGGCAAUGUUGGACAUUAUGCACGUAAAUUGAAGGAAAGUGAUAUCGAAGAUGAUGAUUCUGGAAAUGGAAAGACCGACCUUCGUCUGGAGUAUGUGGAAAAGAAAUCUGCAGAUGAUUUAUUGGAAAAGGAGAAAAAGAUAGAUAUUCAUAUCAGAAGAAGUAAGCGGAGAAACUUAUCUUCUUCUGAUGAACAUUCCAAGAAUUAUAAAAUGAAUUCUGAUUGGAGCAUCGUAACCUCACCAGUUCUUCAGGCGAAAGAUCCUAUCGAAAAGCAGCCCAUAGCGAAACGGGUUACUAGGAGCCAAACUAAAGCCAGUACGAAUGAGGAAGUCGUAGAUAUAAAAAGGAAAAACUUGUCUUCGUCAAAUGCAAAAUCAGAAAAAGAUUCUGUAAAAUCGAGGUUGAGCAGUGCAAGGUCACAAGAACCAAAGAAGGAAUCUGUUAUGAAGGAAGAAGAGGAACAAGAUUCUACUGAAAAACAGCUUACAAGGAGUAAAGCUAAAGUGAAGAAGAAUGAGCUAAGUAUUAGUGUAGCCCGACGAACAUCAAAACGAUUAGCUGGUAUUGAGCUUGAACCAACACCUGAACUGAAGACAAGAACCAAAGUUCAACGAAUAGUACCUCCUGAUGAUGAACCAACGCCUGAUCUGAAGACAAGAACCAAAGUUCAACGAGUAGUACCUCCUGAUGAUCAACCGAAACGAAUAUUACCUCCUGAUGAUGGCAUAGCUGGAAAGUGCAAUCAACCUGUGAAUCCUGUUGCUACCAGCGGAUUGGAAAAAACGGAUAUACCCUUCAACAAGGAAGUAGCCAAAAGCUAUAAUGAACAUCGCUCUCAGAAACCAUAUGAUGUUGCUGCAAACAACAAUCGCGUGAGUGCAGAAAUGGUAGUGGGAACACAAAAUAUCGGUAAAUCAGUAGGCAGAAAGCCUUCUUCAGACAAGAAGACAAUGAAAACGCCAAUGAUAGUAUAUGAACUGAAUCCAGUUUUUCAUCUUGACGGUUACAAGCAGAAGGAAGAAAGGUCGCCCGUGUCACCAUUGUCUUGCCAAACUUCUGCAACAAUGUGUGAAAAGACAGCAGCAGGCAAAAGAUUGGGACGGUCUAGUCCAAAGGCUAAACUUACUACCAGUGUGAAAGCAACUGAGAUCUCCCCUUUGAGAUCAUCAAAUAAAGGAAAGCAACCACAUCCUUCUGAUAGUGGUAAUGCCAUUCAAAGGAGAAAUAAAUUAGGUAACGAGUUAUCUAACUCAUCUGUUGUAAAAGGCACAUGCUCAGAAGUGAUGGAGAAGAAUACCAACAGCUUCUCCUCCUCAUUUGACUCGACUCUUGCAGAUCUUUGGAAAGAUCCUUGCAUUGCCUUUGCUAUCAAAACACUGACUGGAGAAUCGCUGUGCCUUCCCAACACGCCAGCGAUCUCUUCUGAUCCCAUUAAUAAUCACGCCAAGCAGAAAGGAGUCUCCUUUAUCCCAGAGACGUCCAGAAAUGUUAACACAGGCUCUGAAAACCCGGGAUUUACGAGUACACCCCCGGGUACAGAUAUCUGGCAAGACCCGUGUAUCGACUUUGCUAUAAAAACCCUGACAGGCGCAAUCCCGAUCGGAUUAGAUGAACCAGAUACCAAGUCAAAGUCCGAGGGGAUGACGAUAACUACAGCUGCAACGCAAGAAGCUAAAGGUAGGCAAAACAACUGUGAGUAUAUGGUUCAACAAUGUAACAUGAAGAACAAGACUGCUGGUAAACCUGAGGAUCUAAGGUUUACACAAUCUUUCUCUAAGGACUAACAAGAACAAAAUAAAACCUAGUGUACUUUUAGGUGUGUUCGUAUAUUAGGGUUUUUGAUAAUGCCAUGGGUAUAGUGUUAAGAUCCAUGUGCAAUGCCUUAGCUUUAUUUUCUUUCGGGCCAUGUUCUGUUGUAAAUACAUAUGUAUCAGUAUUACAGUAUUAGUGUUGUGCAUCGACAGAACCUGGAAAAACUCAUAAAAAA